AUGCCGCAACAGCAGCCGCAGCACCAGGCUGCGGGACUGCUCCUGCUGCUCUUCCUCCUCUGGAACCUCUUCCCGGAGGGCGAGUACCAGAACCAGUCGCUGGCGCUCUCCGAGCUCGCAUCGAAGCGUCUCGAGCGGUACCAGGAUGCGCUCGAGGUGCUCAACCAGACUCGCUGGGGCGACUUCCGCCCGCGCCCCGACGGCGUCGAGGCCAACGCCGCUGCCGACGACGGCUCCUCCUACAGCUAUGUCAAUCUGACGGGCUUCCGCGAGCAAGACGGCUUCGCGUGGGAUGACCUCGAGCUGUUCCGCGAAAAGGGCCUGCGGCUGAGCCGCCACGCGAUCCCGCCCGUCGGCGGCAAGCAGCUCUGGGACGCGGCGCAGGGAGAGCCCGUAUGGGCCAACGCCUCGGGCACGCUGCACGGCGACUGGGUGCGCCGUCCGGGCUCCUCGCCGCGCACCUACGACAGCUACAACCUCAGCCGGAGCGUUCCCGGUAUGGACUGGGUCGGCGACAGGGCCGACUGGGCGCGCAACAUCACAGGCGAGAGCGGGCGCAUGAUGCUCCGCCUCGAGGGCAACAGGACGGUGCAAAAGUACGACGAGGUCGCCGAGGGCAGCAAUCCGCUCUCGGGCGGCAUGAUCCGCCACGUCAGGGGGUAUGCUACCAUCGAGGACACGAUGGGCUCCGGGCUCAACUGGGAGAUGCGCCUCUGGGGCCUGCAGUGGCCGCGCCAGGGCGUGGUCCUCAUGACGACAACGAGCGAGAAGUUUGAGGGCAUAUUCGGCCUGCCGCACCUCGCGCCGAGUGCCGACUUCUUCCAGUCGGCGCAGAUGAUGCUGAAGCGCAAGCUGGCCCGCGUCGUCAGGCGCAAGAGGCGCAACCUAUACGUCGACCAGAACAUGCCGUGGAACUCGGACGUCGACAAUGCCAUGUACACGGCCUUUCCCUCGCCGCACUGCGAGUUUGUGCUGUACGGGCAGGUCCACCCGCCGCUUCAGCAGGACGCGGGCGUCGACGCCGAGCACGCCGAGGACGUGAUCCGGGCCAUCGAGUCGGAGCUGCAGAAGCCGCUGGGCGCGCCGAUCCACUCCGUCUCCAAGCUCCAGAUGUCGACCGUCAUAUACUCGCCCGACUGCGGCUUCUUCCUCGAGUCCAAGGGCCCGCCCGACUUCCCGCCCGGCGACUCGGACCACCUCGUCGGGAUGAAGACGGAGGUGCACACCCACCAGGUCAAGACGUGGAUGCUCGUGUACGCGCUCGUCGUGUUCGCCCAGGUCGGCUUGCUCAAGGACCAGAUGCAGGAGUCGUUCACGCCGUCGACCAUGGGCCGCGUGAGCUUCUGGACCGUCAGCGCCAUGGUCAUCGUCGACGGCAUGACCUUUACCGCCGCCGCCACCUGGGUGUCGUCAGCCAUGGCGACGUUUCUGCCCACGCUGGCGCUCAUGUUCGCGUCCUUCCUGUCCAUGACCAUAGGUGGCAGCUUCUUGGCCAAGAUCCAUGAGGUGCAGCUGCCUGAGAGGAACCGGCGCCGCGACCAGCAGAGACAGACAUCGAGCGGCACCUCGACGGAGACUACGAGCUCUGCCCCGUCGGCGCCCCUGACGCCAAACCCGACAGGCGCUCUCCUCCCCGCGCCAGUGACCGCACCGCGAUCUACCCGCUUGCCCCCAGAUCAGGGCCCCAUCAUCAUCCCGUCCGAUCAGGACAUAUCUGCCGAGAUAGCCGCGGCAGCAUCUGCCGUGCCCCGGCCCAACAUGGUCAGCAACUCCACCACGACUCCCCCGCCCGCCCCUCACCGCCCGGCGCAGACCUUCCAGGCCAUCAUCGGGCGCUUCAUCCUCUUCAGCCUCUUCGUCUCCUUCCUCGCCAUCUCGUCGGUGACGUGGUACUCGCGCCCGCGCGCCCUCCUCCUCAACGCCUGCGCCCUCGCCUACUUCUCCCUGUGGCUGCCCCAGAUCUGCCGCAACACGCUGCGCAACUGCCGCCGCGCCCUCAGCUGGCGCUUCGUCCUCGGCCAGUCCGCCCUGCGCCUCCUCCCCUUCGCCUACUUCUGGGUCAAGCACGACAACUUCCUCUACGCCCGCACCGACCGCCGCGCCUUCGCCCUCCUCUGCGCCUGGGUCUGGCUCCAGAUCUGCCUCCUCGCCGCGCAGGACGUCCUCGGCCCCCGCUUCGGCAUCCCCGCCGGCUGGGCCCCCGACGCGUGGGACUACCACCCCGUCCUGCGCGAGGACAACGUCGAGGCCGGGGGCCUGCCCAUAGGCCUCGUCGCCGACGACGCUGCUGUUGCUCGGAGCCCCACGACCGAGAAGCUUGGCAGCGUUAGCGGCGGUGCUGGUCCUGCUGGCGGUACCAGGGCCAUCGACUGCGCCAUCUGCAGGGAGGUCCUGGAGGUGCCCGUCCUCAGCGCCGGCGAGGAGGAGGGACGUGUGGCAAACGUCUUCGCGCGUAGGCUGUACAUGGUAACGCCCUGCCGGCACAUUUUCCACACGGCGUGCCUGGAGGGCUGGAUGCGUUUCCGCCUUCAGUGCCCGAUAUGUAGGGAAGAGCUGCCGCCUAUAUGA